UAAAGCGCCGUCUCAGGCACUGUCAGCUAUGGUCUACCCAUUUCUCCCCCUGGCACAACCUCGACGGCAGUUGUUCUUAACCCCUUGGAAAUCAAGGUCUCGGACGUCCCAGCUGGAAAUUUCCAGUCAGUGACCAUGGGUUCUGUUGAAACACCCAAGACUGCAGUUGAGACCGACCGGCACAUCAAGUUUUCACACGCAGGACAGCCCAGUACUCCUGAAGAGUGGAUAGUGCGCGCGAGGGAUGUCGCUCAGAUUCUUGCCGUGGACGCCCCGCAGCGUGAUAUCCAGAACAAGUCACCAUCCGACGAGAUUCGGCUGCUCAAAGCGUCCGGGCUAACCAAGCUUCUGGGACCGAAGGAAUACGGCGGCGCCGGGCAGGAUUGGGCUCUCGCAUACAAGGCCAUCCGCGAGGUCGCAAAGGGCGAUGGCUCCAUCGGCAUGUUGCUGGGCUAUCAUCUCCUGUGGUCCACCACGGCCAACGUCGUCGGCACCGACGAGCAGAAGCACCGCGUACAGAAGCUGAUCCUGGACAACGAUUGGUUUCUCGGCGGCGCUGUGAAUCCGCGCAACGCCGACCUCAAAAUCACCAGCGAUGGCGAGGAGAUCGUCUUCAAUGGUUUUAAGUUCUUCAAUACUGGCGGCGUCGUGUCCGACGCCACCAUCCUCGAGGGCGUAUUGGACGGCACCGAGGACCACAUCUUCACCAUUGUACCUACAAAGCAGCCCGGGAUCCAGUUUGGCCAUGAUUGGGACAAUAUCGGGAUGCGGCUGACCGAGUCUGGCAGCGUCAAGAUCGAGAAUGUGCGUGUCCCGUGGAGCGAUGCCUUCGGCUGGGACAGCAAGACCAAGAGGCCCAUCGCCGAGGUGCUGAAGGUCCCCUUCGCGUCUCUACUGCUGCCGACCAUCCAACUGGUCUUCUCCAAUUUCUACGUGGGCAUCGCCCUAGGCGCGCUGGACGAAGCCAAGAAAUGGACCACGUCCAAAACCCGCGCGUGGCCCUACGGCGGGGACAAUAAAGAAAAGGCGACAGAUGAGCAUUACAUCCUGGCGCGCUACGGGAACUUCCACGCCCAUCUGAGAGCAGCCGAAGCGUUGGCGGAUCGCGCUGGCGAGCAAAUCCGGGAUGUUUACACCGACCACGGCGAGAAGAGAGACGUGAGUGCGCGGCGGCGGGGCGAGGUGGCAGAAUGGGUGGCGAGCAUCAAGAUCGUGGCCUCCGACACCAGUCUCAGCGUCACAAGUGGCGUGUUUGAAGUGACUGGUGCGAGCUCUACUGCGAGAAAGGUCGGGCUGGAUCGGUUUUGGAGAGAUGUGAGGACGCACACGUUGCACGACCCUGUGGCGUAUAAGGAGCGAGAGCUGGGGGCUUUUUACCUGCUGGACGAGGUGCCCGAGCCGACGUGGUAUACUUGAGGUCCUGAGAUAGACAGAUGAUGGCAUGUCGUCCUGUGAAAUCCUACAAAGACUGA